GUAAAAGAUAGGAUGAAGGAACUGCAGUGAAGACUGAGAAUCAAAAAGAAGAGAGUGCUCUGGAUGGUCUCAAGCUAAUGGAACUUAAAAGUUUAGCAGCAUGUGACAAAAACCAAAGUGUCUCUUUAUUAGCCCUUGUGCUACUGGGCAGGAGGAAUUCAGGGAAGACAUCUGCAGGGAAUACCAUCCUUGGAAGGAUGGAGUUUGAGACUGGAGUGCAGACCAGACAGAGUGUGAAGAAACACUGUUGGGUGGACGGAGCGAGAGUGGCGGUGGUGGACACCCCCGGCUGGAGUGCGUUUAGUUCAGCCAACACAAAGCACGUGAGGCAGGAAGUCCUCCGCAGUGAGACGUUGAGCUCUGUUGGUCAUUGGGUCUUCCUCCUGGUCAUCCCUGUGGAUGCGUUCAGCAGCAGAGACUGUCAGGCUGUGGAGGAAAACCUAAGCAUCCUGGGAUACGAUGUGUGGAAGCAUACUAUGGUGCUCUUUACUUGGGGUGAUGAGCUGAGAGGAAAAACCAUUGAAGAACACAUUAAGAAAAGCGGUAAACCUCUCCAGAAGAUCCUGAAGAUGUGUGGCUACAGAUACCACGUCAUAAACAAUAAAGCAACAGACAAAUACUCCCAGGUCAGUCUGCUGAUUCAGACUGUGAAGCAAAUGUGCUGAAGUGGUGAAAAUGAGAGGGAUCAACAUAAGAAGCACAUUUAUUAUUAACAGAGGGAAGUGUUGUUUGGACUCGAUCAUUUUCUCAUUUAUUCUUUAUUUGCAUGUGAUUUGCACCGUUUGUGUGUGUUUUUUUUAAAAUUUAUUUUAGCAUUAUUAUGAGGUAUAAAAUAUUUGUAAGAAACAAAAUGUGUACUUUUUAUUUAAAUGGAAUAUAUCAAUAUUUUCCAAAUAUAUCAUGAUACCAGAGUAUGUAAGUUUUUUUUUGUUAAAACAGGACUGAAUGUGGGAAAAACACUAAAAUAUGGUCUACAUUCACUGCUCAGAGUCGCCUUGUAAAGCCUGAAGUAAUCAUUUAAAAGUCGAAGGUUUUGUGCUGUGGGAGUUGUUCUGACCAGGUCACUCAUCUCUACGUCUUGGCGUCACAUGCUCAGACUCAAAAUGAAGCUCUAGAUUGACGUUUAGGUCUCAAAUGCAAAAUCAACAUUACACUGAUGAAGACAUGAUAAUAGUACUACAUAAUUCACCUACAUCCUCAGAAGACACUUCCUCCGGUUUUGACUGGGUGCUCCUUGAAUAAUGUUUCAGUGCACAUGAAAAAGUCAUAUUUAUCCACUUGGGAAGAAGCCGAAAGCACAAAAGACUGUCAGUCUGCUGAAAGAACGUCAAACCUGCCUGUUUUGAUUGGACAGAUUUGUUCUUUUUUUCCUUCUCAUAAAGAUUUAGUCCAUUCGACUGCAAACAUUAACACGUGAUACUAAAGACAUCUUAUCAUAAAUUAAAGUUAGAGUUGAAAAAUAUGGCCAUAUUAGGAACUCUAGCUUAAUUAAGCUGGUUUUCUGUACAAUAGAAAUUAAUGCUAUUUUGGAAAAUCGCUGCUGUGGCGUCCUGUGGUAAAUAAAGCUGAUGUCUUCU